AUGGAAGCAGUCGAACCACUGCCUAAGAAUGCGUGGACUAAAUUCUAUGAUUAUGAUUUGUCAUCAAUGAAGGAUACAAAGGCGGGUUUUAUUCAAGAGUUAGAUGAAAAGGAUACUGUUGGCGCAGGAGGAGAUACGGAAACCGAGAACAACAGGAAACGCAAGUGGCAACCGACCAAGGCUCCUCCAGACCCAUCAAUAUUUCUUGGAGCUGAAGAUAACUUUGAAUGCCAAGACUGCACUUCAGUCGAUGUUGAUUUUCAGUUGUUACAACAUUUUCAUGUCCCUGUCUGCGUCGGCUGCCGAGAUGCUCAACCCGAAAAAUAUUCACUUUUGACAAAGACAGAGUGCCGCUUGGACUAUCUUUUGACGGAUCCGGAACUACGAGACACAGAGCUAUUUCCACAUUGGGAGAGACCGAAUCCUAAGAAAGCAACAUGGAACAAUAUGAUGCUGUAUCUUCGUUGCCAAGUUGAAGAGUUUGCAUUCAAAAAAUGGGGGGGACCUGAAGGAUUAGAUCGUGAGUUCGAAAGACGAGAGCGAGACAAAGAAGCCAGGAAAGAGAUCAAGUUCAAAAAGGAGCUUCGAGACUUGCGGAACAAAACAAGAACGUCAGUUUGGCAGGACAAGAAGGCGCAGCAAAGAGUAAAAGUUCAUACGCAUAGUUUUGGAACAGCUCUAGUAGAUCCAGAGUCGGGGGCUUCGGUCCAGACUUGCAUUGAAUGUGGUAUUCAAGUUGAGUGUGAAGAAUUUUAA